AUGUGUUCCAUUCGAAAACUUUUAAAUCGCAUACACAAUACAAUGUACUCUAAUAAACUUACGGACACAGACAGGGGUUCUCUUCUUGGACAAUUCAAAGAGCCAACACAGCCAUAUCAUCAAGAGCCGUCAAUCGCAUCGCUGGAGUCUGUCAACGUUGAGCUCAGUCGGCAACUGAAGACCUGGUUUGACUCCUUGCCUGAUGAAAUCAAGCCUGAUCUUCGAGAUCCGAAUCCUCGAGAUCUACAAGAUAGUCAACUACGCACAAGAUACUACGCUGCAAAACACAUCAUCUGUCGACCAUGUUUGGUAUAUGCAACACAUUCGCGCGAACAGCAAUUGUCAGGAUAUGUCAUGACAAAUUGUGAGAUAUGUAUAGACAGCUGUCGGAAGUUUGUCCAUGCAACAGUACCUCUGUUGAAGAGAAGAACACAUUCAACCUGGCUGCGAUUGCAAGCACUUCUAGCGGCGGUCUUUGUGCUAUCAAUUGCAAAGGGGACCCCUUCCCUUGCCAAUCUUGUUCCGGAUUUCGAGGAGUUGAUUGACAUAGCAAUUGGGUGCACUAAACCAUGGACGCGUUACCAUGAAACAGCCGAUGCUAUUUUGAAUAUCUUCAAGACGAUUCGACAAAAGCUUCGACUAUCAAUUUCACGAAUAACAUAG